AUGAGUGUUGAAGAUUUACGUGUUGUUGUUUCUGUUGAUUUUGGCACGACAUAUAGUGGGUUCGCUUAUUCGCAUAUACAAAACCCGAAUGCCAAAGUCCACGUUUCGUUCCCAGGACAUAUUGCCCCCAAAACUAACACUGUUUUGCAAUAUAAUGAAAAUUGGGAAGUAGAAUGUUGGGGUCAUGCAGCACUUGCUAGAGAGCCAUCAAAGAGAAAAAAGUCUAAAGCUAUCGAUUCUCAUCCCGUUGAGUUAUUUAAGCUACAUUUGGCCGAUAUCGACUAUACCAAAAAGCCGAAAUUGCCUGCUGAAAUCAGUUAUAAAGAUGCAAUUACCGAUUUUCUUAAAGAAAUGGAAAAGGCGAAUAAAAUCAUUCAUUAUUGUUAA